CUUUCACUCACGUAUACUUUACGUCGUCCUCUACGCCAAAGUCUUUUGGCCCACGGUCACCCACCAAAGUCGUUUAGGUCAUCGGCAUCCGUAUUUCCGCCACCUAAACAACAUCUUCGACGACAUACGCAAAAACAUCGCCAUGCACAGCACAAUGGCAACCACAGCCAUGGCUUCCCAACUCAUCGGGGCUACCAGCAACUGCAUUCCCGAGGAGCCCAGCGUUUCUUCUGUCGCACCCUCCCUCACCUACUCGGAAGAGUCAGAGGAUCAAGAUGAGGAAAUCCAAGCCCCUAGGAGGCGGCGCGCUUCGACCCGCCUCAUUGCCCAAAGCCCUGCCGACAUCCAGCGUAUCACAGGCGAGUCGACAGCUCAAUUGAUCCAGAGAUGCUGCGGCGGCGGCUGCUGCAUGAAGCUGGGUGCCAAGAAGGAGGGCCUCGAAUACGAGAGCAUCCCCUUCCCCGAUAACCACGCGUACAAGUCACUCGCCCUUAAGAUUGGCGACAUCCCCACAAAGUUGACCAACAUCGCCGACUUGCCCGAGCAAACCGUCUUCUUCGAGCCCGUACCUCGUUCCACUGCCACCCCCGCAAUCGCCUCGUCUCCCACAGACUCGGCAAUCUCUCUGGGUGCUGAUGCACGCGAGGACAAGACGGCAGAGACACUCGCCACUGUCCAGAACCAGUUCAAGGACUUCACAAUCGACAACAUCGAUACCGCCCGAGAGCCUCCCAGAUACGUUCAACCCCACCCGCCUUACCACGUCUACGCCGCCCGCAUCGACUCGACCCGCGAGUUAACCAAGCCCGGCGCCGAGAAGCGCACCUACCACUUCGACCUUGAUAUCACAAGCUACCCGGGCGAGGAAGACAUGGACUUCAGGGUCGGCGGUGCCAUUGGUGUUAUGGCCCCCAACGAUAAGGAGUGUGUCGACGACGUUUUCGACGCCCUCAUGGUGCCUCGGUUCCUUCGGGACAAGCCGGUCCUGAUGAAGACCACCAAGGGCCGCUGGCCUACCGUGUGGGGCGACGACCAGGCCCGUGAGAUGGUCACCACGCGCCGGGACUUGCUUACUUGGUGCUCCGAUAUCCAGUCCUACCCGCCGACCAAGCAGCUUCUGCGCAUUCUUGCCGAGUACGCCGAGGACCUUAAUGAGAAGAAGUUGUUGACGUACCUUUGUGCCGCCGAAGGCCAGGGCGUCUUCUGCGACUUCCGCACCGGACCUCACGUUUCUCUUUCCCAGCUCUUGCACGCGUUCCCCAGCUCCCACCCGCCCAUGGAUCUCCUGCUGUCUUCCCUGCAGACGUUGAUGCCUCGCUUCUACUCCCUGUCCAAUGACCCGCACGACGCUUACAAGACGCGCGAUGGCAAGGUGCACCGGCUGAUUGAGAUUGCCGUCACGGUUCAUGAGACUGCUGACUGGCGUCGCGGCCUCCGUACCGGUAUUGGCUCCGGUUUCUUCGAGCGCCAGGCCCAAAAGUGGCUGGAGGCGAAGCGCAACGGGGAGACCCCAGAGAUCCACAUCCCCAUGUUCAAGGGCCUCAUGGCCAAUCCUCUCGCCAAGCAAUUUGUUUCCGACGGCCCCAUGCUCCUCAUUGGUGCUGGCGUUGGCAUCGCUCCGUUCAGAGGCUUCGUCCAGCGUCGCUUGAAGACGGCCAACUGCGCAAACAAGGUCUGGGUUCUCCAGGGCAUUCGUGACUCGCUUGUCGACGAGAUCUACAGCGGCGAGUGGGGCGUCCACGAGGACGAGGUCAAGCGUGUUGUCCAGAGCCGUCGCGGCGAGAGUCGUUACGUCCAAGAGGAGGUGCGCAACCAGGCCGACCUGGUGUGGUACAUAGCCAACGCUGUCGACGGUCGUGUCUUCGUGUGCGGAAGCACCAAGGGCAUGGGCGAGGGCGUCGAAGAGGCUCUCGUCGAUGUGGCCAUGCAAAAGGGCAAUCUCGAACGCGAGGAGGCGAAGAAGUACUGGGAGCUCAAGAAGGAGGCCGGCCAGUACAUUGCCGAGACAUGGUAAGGUUGUGGUGGGCGGGCACACCCCGCCACUUUAUAAGUCUCCUACCAAAGGCCCCAAAAGUCCGCCAGUGCCGGAGGGAUGCGAAUUCGGUGAUUACAUGGUCGGGGCGGGCGGC